AUGUUAGCGAGAAAGAGUAGAAAGUACUGGGAUGCAAUGAAAGCACUAGGCAUUGAAGACGCGCGCGAUGUAUCGGUGCCAUCUGCUGUUGAAAGGAUACUCAACAACGUGAGCCUCUGCUGGGAGCUCAAGAACGUUUUCUCCAACAUGAGACAGGCAAACCAGCUGACACAAUGUAAUGCAUGA